CAGCCAAUGCUCUGACUUUUAUCAUUCAAAUGCACCAACAAGCAUCGGGUCAUAUCAGCCAAACAAUACGUCGAAUUAGUCUUCAAAUCCUGUACUUCGUGGCAAAUGGCAACGUCGUGCAUGUUGCACCACCAAGCCUUUGCAACUAUAAGUAGAAGAGGAGAGGAGAACAACAAUGGCGUCAACGAAGUAAUAACAAGCCAUGAUACCUCUCAUCCUCCUCCUCCUAUCCUCGACCCUUCUUGUUUCCUCCGCCACCGCCACCGCCACACCGCUCCAAUCCUUUAUCCAAUGCUUCACCAACAAGACCAAUUCCCCUAACCUCCUCUCCCUCCCCAACACCGCUUCCUACAGCUCCGCACUCCUCUCCUCCGUCCAAAACCAACGUUUUCUCAUCUCACCAAACUCCUUUAAGCCAUCUCUCAUUGUCUCUGCUGCCUCUCCAUCACAUGUCCAAGCCACCGUAACCUGCGCCCGCGUCGCUGACCUCCGUAUUCGCACACGCAGCGGCGGCCACGACUAUGAAGGCAUGUCUUACUCCGCCUUCACCGGCCCGAACACCACACCCUUCAUAAUCCUCGACAUCGCCGCUCUCCGUUCGAUAUCCAUCGAUGCAAGCUCAAAAACCGCUUGGGUUCAAGCCGGCGCAACGUUAGGCGAACUAUACUAUGCCAUCGCUAAAAACAACAAAAAUUUAGCCUUUCCCGCCGGCCUCUGCCCGACUAUCGGUGUAGGUGGUCACCUAAGCGGAGGAGGGAUCGGUACUUUGACGCGAAAGUACGGUGCCUCCGUUGACAACAUCGUCGACGCGUGGCUUGUCGAUGUAAAUGGUCGCCUCCUCGACAGGAAGGCUAUGGGGGAGGAUCUUUUUUGGGCUAUCCGUGGUGCUGGUUCAGCGGGAUACGGCGUCAUCGUCGCCUUCAAAGUCAACCUCGUAGACGUCCCAUCGGUGGUGACGGCUUUCAACGUUGGCAAGACGUUGAGGCAGAACGCCACCAAACUGGUGGCGCGGUGGCAGGAACUGGCGCACCAGUUUGAUGUCAAUCUCUUCAUCCGAGUAAUAGCUCAAGCCGGCAACGACACAGAUGGGAGUAAAACGAUUCAAGUUACAUUCAACUCAUAUUACCUUGGGCGGAAGGAGGAGUUGCUCCCCUUAGCGCAGCAGAGCUUUCCAGAGCUUGGUUUGAAGGCUACCGACUGCACUGAAAUGAGCUGGAUUGAGUCAGUUUUGUUCUUCUAUGGUGGCACAGGAAAGCCAUUGGAGACACUGUUAAAUAGAACUCCGGAGUUCAAUAGCUCUUUUAAGGCAAAAUCGGAUUUUGUCCAGCAACCAAUAACAGAGAAUGGGUUAGAGGAGAUUUGGAAUUUUCUGAUGGGUGCAAAGGAUGAGCCUUUGGUGCUUAUAUUUGAGCCUAUGGGUGGGAGAAUGAGCGAGAUAAAGGAGGACGCUGUUGCUUUUCCUCAUAGAGGUGGGAACAUUUAUAACGUGCAGUAUUUCAUGAGGUGGUUUGAGACGCAGGAAGGUGUGACAGAGAAGCAUUUGGAAUGGAUGAGGAAGAUGUAUGGGUUCAUGACGCCUUAUGUGUCGAGCAAACCGAGGGCAGCGUAUUAUAACUACAAGGAUAUUGAUCUGGGGAGGAAUGUGGAGGGGAACGGGACGAGUUACUUGGCAGCUAGGGUUUGGGGGACGAAGUAUUUUAAGGGGAAUUUUAGGAGGUUGGCAAAGGUGAAGGGAAUGGUGGAUCCAGCAAAUUUCUUCUGGAACGAACAGAGUAUUCCUGUACUUUAG